CACGUUCACAACGCUUAAAAAUCAUUUCAUCCUUGUUGUUUGUCAAAUGUUAAACAAAGACAAACGAUGCUCAUGAGUUGUCAGCAUAAAUCGGCCAUAAAGUUCAAUUUUUUUUUAUUCCUAAUAUUUUUCCAAUUCUAGAAUUGAAAACGAAUGACGAAUAAGUCAAACUUCGAUUAAAAGUGGUUAAAAGUAAACCGUUAUGGAAUUGAGUCUAAACGAUUUUCUGAAAUUUCUUGCCAAACGAACUUCCCUGAGAGUGCUCGCAAUUGCACCAUGAUGAAAGUUAAGCCUGCGUUAGCAUCGCAGCCAAUAUGGUGGCAAGAUUCUAAUCCAACUAGCAAUUCAGCAAGAAAAGCCUCGUGUAUCGCCGACUUUAGGAAAUCACACGAUAUAUGUUUGGGAAAGAAGCUGUUAAGCUCAUAACGGAGCUCGAUAUGCAUGAAGAUAUUCGACCAUUUAAUGAACAGGUGAUGCGACAAGUUUUUGAAGAGAUGCAAACACUUUAUGAAGCCAAUUUGAUAGAUAGCAACGCAAUACAGAACGAAAGAAACAACGCGUUGUUACCGUCGGUACAUUUUCGCCAUACGGCUCUGCUCAGGAAUAAAAGAUGCAUACUAGCGUAUCUAUAUCAUCGGAUCAGACGAUUACGGCAGAUGCGCUGGGAAUUGGGCAGCAUCCUACCAACCGAGAUAACCACCAACUUAUUGAAUGCAGAGAUGCAAUGGUUUCAGAACUAUAAUAAAUCUCUGGCCACCUACAUGAGAUCAAUAGGUGAUGAUCAUGGAUUAAAUCUGACUGUGAAUAUGAAUCCUCCAAAGACGCUAUAUGUUGAGGUGAAAUGUCUAAGUGAUUUCGGCAAACUAGAACUCGACGAUGGUGAGGUCAUUACAUUAAAAAAAAAUACAUAUCAUCUGUUACCAAGAGCUACAUGUGAACCACUUAUCAGACAAGGCAUACUCGAACACCAUAAUGCAUAAUGUAUAAUUAAAAAAAGUUUCUUCCUAUUUCUAUCAUUUCUUUUAUACAUUUAUAUUGUGUAUUUUUUUAUUGUUGCAAACACUAUUAUCAUUGUGUGUGCAUCUCAACGUAAAAAUAAAUACACACG